AUGAAGACGCCGGAGGAGCAACUGUUAGCUCCAGACUGCUUUCCUACAGUCCCAGCUCCAGCCAGUCUCUUGCCUCAGGCUUCCCCCAUGGAUAAAAGUUCGGACCCUGAACUAAUGCCACAGCCACACGAUGGGGAUGAUCCGUCCAGGAUGUCCCUAGAUCCCGUGGCUGUCUCAGCUGUGUCUCCGGAACUGGAUGAGGAGGGCCCAGCUUCUCUCCCCACUCUCUUGGAAACGGAGUUUGGUACUGGUCAUGAGUUGAGUCCUCGAAUUGAGAAGCAAGAAUCUGAAAAUUCGAGCCUUCCAGCAGAAGAAACGAACGGACCAGAAUUGGGGCUUGGAGAAACCAUGGAAGGUGUGCCGGAGGAACCAGCUUUAGAGGGUGAAAGAAACACCACUUGGAACUACAGCUUCUCCCAGCUACCUCGAUUUCUCAGUGGUUCCUGGUCAGAGUUUAGCACCCAACAUGAGAACUUUUUGAAAGGCUGUAAAUGGGCCCCUGAUGGUUCCUGCAUCUUGACCAGUAGUGCUGAUAACGUUUUACGGAUUUACAACCUGCCUCCGGAGCUGUACAGUGAGGAGGAGCAGCUGGAAUAUGCAGAAAUGGCCCCUGUCCUUCGAAUGGUGGAAGGUGACACCAUCUAUGAUUACUGCUGGUAUUCUCUGAUGUCUUCAGCUCAGCCAGAUACCUCCUACGUGGCCAGCAGCAGCCGGGAAAACCCGAUUCACAUCUGGGAUGCAUUCACUGGGGAGCUCCUGGCUUCUUUUCGCGCCUACAACCACCUGGAUGAAUUGACGGCGGCUCAUUCACUCUGCUUCUCCCUGGAUGGCUCCCAGCUCUUCUGUGGCUUCAACCGGACCGUGCGUGUCUUCUAUACAGCCCGUCCUGGUCGCGACUGUGAGGUCCGGCCUACGUUUGCAAAGAAGCAGGGCCAGAGUGGCAUCAUCUCUUGCAUAGCCUUCAGCCCUGGGCAGCCCCUCUAUGCCUGUGGCUCCUAUGGCUGCUCCUUGGGUCUGUAUGCCUGGGAUGAUGGCUCCCCUCUCACCUUGCUGAGGGGACACCAUGGAGGCAUCACCCACCUCUGCUUUCAUCCUGAUGGCAACCGUCUCUUCUCAGGAGCCCGCAAGGAUGCUGAGCUCCUGUGCUGGGAUCUCCGGCAGCCUGGUCAUCCACUGUGGUCCCUGAGUCGGGAAGUGGCCACCAAUCAGCGCAUCUACUUUGAUCUAGACCCGACUGGGCAGUUCCUGGUGAGCGGCAGCACUAGUGGCGCCAUCUCUGUGUGGGACCUCAGUGGAGCUGUGGAGGACAACCGGAAGCCAGAGCUGGUGCUGAGUUUUCUACCCCAAAAGGACUGCACCAAUGGAGUGAGCUUGCACCCCUGUCUGCCUCUGCUGGCCACUGCCUCUGGUCAGCGUGUGUUCCCGGAGCCCACAGAGAGUGAGGAUGAAGGGGAGCAGGGACUGGACCUUCCCUUGCUCUCCUUGCGCCACAUCCACCCUGAAUAUCGGCUUCAGCUCUGGUGGUGUGGUGGGGACCCAGACACCAGCAUCCCUGAGGAUCAUCAGGGAGGGGAGGGACAGGGAGGGCUGGAAGGAGGUAGUGCCAAUGAACUCAAGGCACGCGGCAAAGUGUGA